GAGCCCUUUUCUUUGCUGGACAGCGGGAUAGACACUCAGAGGGGCAAAUACAGGGCGAGGGACUGCCAGGGAGACGAAGGCUCACGCAGACACCACCAAAGCAUCCGAGUAAGCAGUCGGGGGAGCUGACCAAGUCCAACGCCAUGGGUUUGCUCGAGUGCUGUGCGAGAUGUCUCAUCGGGGCACCCUUUGCUUCACUGGUUGCUACUGGCUUGUGCUUCUUUGGGGUAGCACUGUUUUGUGGCUGUGGGCAUGAAGCCCUCACAGGCACGGAGCAGCUCAUUGAGACCUACUUCUCCAAAAACUACCAGGACUACGAGUAUCUUAUUGACGUCAUCCACGCUUUUCAGUACUUCAUCUACGGCACAGCCUCCUUCUUCUUCCUCUACGGAGCUCUGCUGCUGGCCGAAGGCUUCUACACCACCGGCGCCGUCCGGCAAAUCUUCGGGGACUACAAGACCACCAUCUGUGGCAAGGGCCUCAGCGCAACGGUAACCGGGGGCCCGAAAGGGAGGGGAGCGCGAGGCCCCCAGCGAGCUCACUCAUUGCAGCGGGUGUGUCAGUGUUUGGGAAAGUGGCUAGGACAUCCUGACAAGUUCGUGGGCAUUACCUAUGUCCUGACCAUCAUCUGGCUCCUGGUCUUCGCCUGCUCCGCAGUGCCCGUCUACAUCUACUUUAACACUUGGACCACCUGCCAGUCCAUUGCCAACCCCAGCAAGACCUCAGCCAGCAUUGGCACCUUGUGUGCGGAUGCCAGGAUGUAUGGCAUCCUGCCCUGGAAUGCUUUCCCUGGCAAGGUGUGUGGCUCCAACCUGCUCUCCAUUUGCAAGACCAGUGAGUUCCAGAUGACUUUCCACCUCUUCAUUGCAGCCUUUGUGGGGGCAGCUGCCACACUGGUCUCACUGCUCACGUUCAUUAUUGCUGCCACCUACAACUUUGCUGUCCUCAAGCUGAUGGGCCGAGGCACCAAGUUCUAGCCUGCGGUGGAGCCCAGCCAGACCCCAGCCAGACCAGAUGGCCUUCUUUUCUCUAACCCUGAGGCUUUAACACUGCAGCCACUUGACACCAGGUCUCCUGCGUUAACUCUGCCUUUGCUGCUGACUCCCCUCCUCUUCCUGCCUCGCAUCCAUUGUACUGAGCAUGACCAGGAAGGAGAGCUUUCCACCAAUGGACACCUCUUCAUGCACUUUUCUCUCUCUGCUCAUCCAUAACCAGCUUUCUCUAGGGCUAAGCCCACCAAAAACAGCCAGAGAAGAGGAGGGACUUACUCCAGUGUCCCAGUGUUGCCUAGGUAUGAGCAAAGACCUUCAUGCUCCUGGGAGGAGGAAAUCCAUAUAGGUUGCUCUAUGAGUAGCAAGAGGCUACCUAGAGAGAAAAGGAAGUUGGACCAGUCCUGGUACCAUUGCUAGAGACUCUCCUGGAGCUGUCUGCUGUCACCACCUGUGGAUGGAGAAUAAGAGGAUUAUUUUUUUUUCCUUUAGCAAAGAUGAAUUUACUCAAAAUCGCCUGCUGCAGCCAAGGCAAAGGGGGUUCAGGGCAAGGAUCUUCCCGCUGUGGAGAAGAGAGUGCUGACCCUAAUGCUCAUAAAGCCCUAACCCAGCUGCCCUUAUUAAAGCCUAAAGGAGUUUGGUGUCUCUGUAGGCAAAGGGGACUCUUGGAUUUACCCUCUAGGCAACAGAGAGGUGGCAGGCAGGUUUGACAGAGAGAUGACACCUCUGCACUGUGCCCUGGGAGCAUAAAGCCAGAGCAAUGCCUCCAUAGGCAGGGGAUGACCCUUUGGACUCUUGGGACCCUUCCCCACCCUACAGCACCGAGCUUGUUGCACGCUCUUGUCCCUUCACAAUGGUGCUCUUCUCUAACCUCUGUGUCAGAGAGCUUCAUUUCUUCCUCGCUCACAUCAAACGUAACUUUCCCUUCUUCCACCCCCCUCUUCCCCUCACUAUUUCCCCCAUGUUUCCUGCAAGUCAGGAUGACUGUCUUGUGUCUACCAGGGCAGGAGGGACUGGCAGCAUCUCACUUCAAGCUGAAACCCAUAAAGGAGUUAAGGAGGGAAGGAAAAGCAGUGGUUUGGGAGUCACGGGGCAGAAACACAGCCCAACUCUGCAAACCAGAUCCUUUCUGGUGCCAAUUCAGUCUUUUCCCAUGGAGCGGAGCAGUGGGGCAAGGGCUUUGGUGGAAACAACCUCUCCCUCAUUGCAGCUGGAGGAAAGCCCUCUGGCUGGGUAGCAUGGGUCCAACCAGACCUGCCAAAAUGCUGUUUCCAGUCCUCCCCACCCACUGGUAUUUUGCUUUGCUCUUUUCUGCCUUUCCUUAAUGCUAAUCUUAGUGUUUAUUUAUUGGAGAAACUACUUUCAGUGGCAGACUAUAGCUCCAUCUUGCAUGGAUUUUAUUUUUUCUUGUCUGUAUUAUUAUUAUAAAUUUUUUUAAGUGCCUGUUUCAGCAGGUGCAAGGAUAAAGGAGCAGAUUUGCUGAGCAGAGCAUUCAAAGGAUCCUUGCUGCCAGGAAUGCUGAAAUAGGUUGUCCAGGCUACCAACGCACAUGGGUUGGGGUAGGGGGAGAUGCCAGGAGAGAUAGCAGGGUGGGGAGAAACUAGUCGAGAUCUGGAAAUUCACAUCAACACUAUCUGUCUUGGGGACUUUCUGUUUUUUGGGGUUUUUUUUGGUAUUAAUUUAAUAAAAGGUAACCAGAUCCUCCUUCCCACCAUUGUCCCCAGACCCCAAACACACAUGCACACGUGUGCACACACACACAUACAGAAAGAGUUAAUCAACUGAAAGUGUUUCCUUAAUUUCUGAUCUAGAAUUUCAAUUUGCUAACAAGCAAUAGAAAAGAGUAAGUUUUUAGAGUCUUAGCUUACAAGAUGUAUUUUAUAAAAAUUAAAGAAAAUAAAUUAAAAUUAAGAACAUUCUGAACAAAA